AUGGAGAAGCUGCAGCUUUGGCUCCUCGUCCUCGCUGGCCUCUCGGGAGCCGUCGCCCGGUCAGAUCUCUAUGGGCAGGUGUUUGUUUUUCCAAAGGAGUCUGCUGAUGCCCACGUUAUCCUGAACAUGAAUAACAGUGGUCCUCUGCAGACCUUCACCGUGUGUCUGAGAUACUUCACUGACCUGACCCGGCCCUACAGCCUGUUCUCCUACACUGCCAGGGCCAGAGACAACGAGAUCCUCCUCUUCAAAGAGAAGCCCGGGGAGCUCAGCCUGAGUGUUGGGGGGGAAUCAGUGAUCUUCAAAGUCCCAGAAAACAAAGGCACAAGCACUGGCUGGGAGCACAUCUGUGCCAGCUGGGAGUCCGCCACCGGCAUAGCCGAGCUCUGGAUGAACGGGAGUCCCUUACCCAGGAAGGGGCUGAAGAAAGGCUACUCUGUCAGCAACCAGGGUGUGCUCGUCCUGGGGCAGGAGCAGGACACCCCGGGGGGUAGAUUUGAUGCCAAGCAGUCAUUUGUAGGGGAAAUUGCUGAUGUGUACAUGUGGGACCGUGCCACCCCAAUUGCUGCAAUGCAGGCUGCCAAUGAUGAUUCGCAGCUACCCCCCUCCAUUGUGGGCUGGGGCAGUUUGCAGUAUCAAAUAAAGGGUUACGUGGUACUGAAACCCAUGCUGGCAUAA